UGACAGUCCGGUGGGUGUGACUUGUUUAAUGUGUGAACCAUUAGAGCCGGUGCAUGUUUAAUUAUUCUUUUGUGAUAAGUAGAAUUAUCUUUAUUGUUAUUCUGUUUUCAAGAAUAAUGAUAAGGAAACGUUAAUAUUGAAAAUAAUAAUGACAAUUUUGGAAAACUUUACUAUCUCAUUCUUAAGAUCUUUUUAUCACAACUGAGACAUUUGUGUUAUGUAACUGCGCUUGUCACUCGGAAUCAUGUAAAAAUAUCAUAGAACUCAUGCCAAAAUAUUCAUUAUGUAACUAUUAUCCUACUGGAGGUCUUCGACCUCAGUUUUAGACAACAUAUGAAAGGGCCGGAGAACUAAAAAAGUAAUCUGGAAAUAUGGCAAUCUGUUUAAAAAUGAACAAAGAACGUAAGCAAUGGAGUCGACGCAAUGGCUGGUCACUACCACUUCAUCCAUUGCAAAUUUCAGCAUGGUUUUUUCUAGUCAUGUUUGCAAUUUUAUAUUUUGUAGUUUUGGUUCCUAAUAUGCCAGAAGGAGCAUGGCAAACUUCUGCUUAUAUUAUAAAUGGUUGUGUUUUCAUCUUUCACAUUGUCAUCCAUCUGAUAAGUGUGUCUUUAAAUCCUGCUGAUAGGAAUGUUCGUGCCAAAGUCAAUGAAGGACCUUUACCUACAUUUGAUCGUUCAAAACAUAGUCAUGUUAUUGAGAAUGAAUAUUGUAAUAUUUGUGAAGUUAAAGUUGGUAAAAAAUCGAAGCAUUGCAGUGCAUGUAACAAAUGUGUGAGUGAGUUUGAUCAUCACUGUAAAUGGUUGAAUAAUUGUGUUGGUGGCAGAAAUUACAGGCUUUUUAUAAUGUGUGUUAGUUCAGCUCUUUUUGGAAGUCUUAUUAUAUUUAUGACUGCAUUAGCUCUAAUUGUGGCAUAUUUUGAUGGGGCUUCAUGGAUGUUUUAUAAUAAAAAUUUUUUUCAUGUUCUGACAACUCCAUCAGUAGAAAACAAUUACACAACUGUUUGGUCUCUUCUGUCAUCAACUUCUGAACCAUUUCCAGAAUCUAAUAUUACACUUAUAGGGAAACAUACUAUCUUGGGUCUAAAAGUUCCAGGUACUCUUUGGAUCUGCAUUGUGUUCAUUACUGCUGCUCUCUCAUUAUUAGCCAUUUCUCUCCUGGGACACUUAUUGGGAUUUCAUAUAUUUUUGAUGUGCCAAAAUUUCUCUACAUAUGAUUACAUUGUACAUAAGCGAGACCCAGCUCCAACAACAUCAAAUAAAAAUGAGAAGAGUAACUUCAAACCAAAAUUUAAUUGCCAUUUUCAGUUGGUCCAACAUUUCAAGUCCAAAAAGGGCAAUCAAAUUUCUCCAAAAUCCCAAGAAAAUGGUAAAGGGGAUGAAGCAGAAGAAUGGGAAAUGCAAGACAAUGCUCAACAGAGUAAGCCACUUGAUAAUAAAAAAUCAAUUAUGCCACCUGUUGCUGAAAAUAAUUGUGCUGUUGCAAAUGAUGGAGAGGAAUGUCCCCUUGAAAAUUAUAUAGGUAAUGUGUAUAUAGGCAGUCCUCAACGGCGCAGGCAUUAUUUAGAACCACUCCAUGUCCGACAAAAACCUGCUAAAAAUAAAGAUGGAAAGAAAGAGGAAAACCAAACAAAGAAAGAAAUUCCUCAAAAGGAAAUUGAAGAUAAGGAUGAAGAUAGCUCAAAUGAUAAUGAAAAUCCAGAUUCUGCUUCAUGUGCAGCUCACAAUCAAACUUACUCUCAUGGUCUGCCCAGAAGGCAUAUCAGAAGCCCAUCCCCAGCACCACUACUUUCACCCAUUUUAGAAUCUGAAAUAUCUUCUGGGUCUGCUAUUGUAAGUUGGAAACAUCGCUCUGUUUCUGAGCAGUCGCUUCAUACUCUGGAGGAAAGUGAAGAACCAUCUAUGAUGUGCACCGUGCAAAUUGAGCCUUCUGUCAACAAAGGAUUGGGUAGUCGUGAAGACAGUGGAAGUCUAAGCAAUUUAUUUUUGUCCAAAGAUCAACUGGAAGAACUUGAGGAAGACAAUAAUAAUACACUCAUAGAUGAUGAUAAUAGGGUCCAUGAGGUCUGUAUAAUUCCUCAAAGCAUGCCAGAAAGUUGUGAGAAUAACCAGAAUAUGUGCGAUGCCAUUGAGGGAGUGGAGAAUUCAGAUAAAAGUGAUCCUUUGGUCAAUGGUGAAGUGUGGGCAUUUACUUCACGGAAUGGGCAGAUUAAAGACGGUAUAAUCUCAUUUAGAAGAAGCUGUAGCAUGCAAGAUAAUGAAAGAUUAAAAAAUCUGCCCUCAGAUCCUUUGACUCGCUGCUGCUCUGAAGAUGAAUUGAAAUCAGCCCAGCGGUUAACCAAAUUGCAACGCCGUCUUUCAGAAGAUAGGGAUCUAUGGAUGCUCCGAGGUGGGAAUAACAUUCCUCAGAUGUGGAAGGAGCAUUCUCCCAAAGCCGGAGUAUCUGCCACAGCUGUAUUCUGUGUUGAUGAACCAGAGGAAUCUUUCAGGAUACCCGGCAUUCCUUUUGGCAUUAAAAGGAAGUACAACCACUUCUCUGUACCUAACCAUAUUGUAUUGCCAUGCUCAAAUUCAGUUCACCCUGAGAGUCGUAAACGGACAAGACCUGUAGGUUCCAAACCACCUAAAGCAUUCCAUGCAUGAAGAAUUUGGAUCAAUUAAAGGGAGUGGCAUUUGCAGCCGUUACAUCAUAAAGAGUGAAAGGCAGAAUGACAUGUGAUAUAUUGUAAAGAAAACAUUUAUAUUUGUGUACAUGUUUAGUCUUUUUGUUAUAUAAUUGACACUGUUUGUGACAGUUUUAAUUUUCCUUUUCUUAUACAGAGUUAUAUUUAUCAUUUUUUUAACUAUUCCAUUAUGGCCAAUUUAAAACUCUUAACAUUUAAGAGAUCUAUUUAUGUGAUAUAAUUUUAAUUAUUUUGGACCAUUUCAUGGUUUUAAGAAAUUUUUAGUCAUGGACUGCCAAAGAUGAGAUGGUUAUGCACAUACUUGCUGUAUUUAUAAGGUGGAAUAUCUACUUGAAACUAAGAAUUAGUGGAAUGAAUUCAAGUCCAGCAACAUUUUUUUUUUUUUUUUUUUUUUCAAUUUUAAUGUUCUGUUUUAAUAUAUUUCCAUUUAAUUUUAGAGAUUUUAAGUUACUCUGUAUAUAAUAUCUGUUUUUAACUAAAAAGAUUAUAUCUAACUUACCAAUAGGAAUGUAUCAGCUUCACUUUCUUCUAUUUUAAAUAUUUGACAUAAAUUUAGUAAUCUUCAUUUGUACAUUUUGCACCACAAUUUAUUUAAAAUAGGUGGACAUGUUUUUUGUGUGUGUGCUUAAACUAUUUGCAUUUCUAUUAAAUAUUUGUAAUUAUUUGAAGUUAAUUAGAUUUUGUAUUCAAAAUAUAUCAUUUUCACAAAGAAUACAAGGACAUACUUAUUCAUGUUUAAAAUUUUAAAAACCUUUUAAUCCAAUUACAGUGUAA